AUGGAGAACAGCUGGGUCAAGACGAACGAAACAGUUUGGGAUUGCGAGGUAAUCAGCGUUGAUAUUAUAGAUGUUUCGACUGACUCCGAUGCCGGCAACGUCGCUGCUACCGAUGCUCCAGCAGACUCCGCGAGCAGCUCCGAUGCUUCGACAGCCUCCGCGUGCUCGCAGACAGGGCAGUCUUGCGAACAGACCAUGUGUUGCUCUGAGCCUGGCGCGAGGUGCUACAAGGAGAAUGAUGGUUGGAGCUCGUGCAACGAAACUUGCGACCCAUACUACAUGUGGACGGAGGAUGAUGGAUGGGUCAAGACGGACCAGGAGAUUCGGCUCCCGUGCACGCCUCACGGGGCGUCUUGCGCACUUUCCAAGUGCUGUUCUGACCCCGGCGCGAAGUGCUACAAGAAGAACGACUACUGGUCCGCGUGCAACCAAAUUUGCGACCCAAACUCCAGGUGGAUGGAGAACAGCUGGGUCAAUACGGACAACUCAGUUUGGGAUUGUGAGGUCAUCAGUAUCGAAGAAGCCCCGAACAGUGUCUGGGACGUUCUCGUUCGAAUCUGGAACCUAUGGAGGUAG